AUGCCAUUCAGGUUUGCUGCUCUGGAUGACGCUAUAGUUGCGUCAACCAACCAGGACCCUGGGAGAUCUGCGUCCGGGGAAUCACACUUACUUCUGUCCAUUGCUGAGAUGCAAGGGAAGAAGGCAGGCCCUGUGAGUGCAGUGAAAACGCCGUAUGCAUCUGGAACUACACAGGGAUACACGAAGGCGUACGGAAGUGCGCCUCAUUUUCGCUCUAAGCACGGAGUAUCACUUAUCAAUCCACUUUCAAGUACAUUUGAUUCUACCAAAGGAGACAGCAGCUCUUACAUCACCACCCUGUCGGUUUUAGAAUCAGGUGAACACACUACCAACUCAUAUGCCGCAGCACGUUCAUUAGACCGACAGGGUAUCAUGCGAGGGAAUACCACCAAGACUGUUAACACUAUCGACGCAACUCGCUUACUUCCGCAAACAGUGUCACGGUCACAUGGGAAUGCUCUCUCACAACGAGUUCCAGCAUCAAUUCGUAUUACUCCGGCAGGCACCUCACAUCCGGGUCUGCAGACCUCUCCUGGAGAUUACCAGAUCCCUCAAUCCGAGAUUGUUCGUGAGCAUUUACGCAGCGGACACGUUUCUAGUCAUACAGCUGCAGGAACUGCAGCAGCAGCGCAUGUAGCAGCGCAAAGGCAUCCUGUGAAGGUCAGUCUUCAAUUGCCAUCACUCCAAGGAACAGCAAUCACCCCUGUAGUAGUCACCCAGUUUGGAUCUCCUCAGCACCUUAGCAAGCAAGCAUUUCCGGGGGCUACAAUGGAUCGGGCGAUACGCUCUCGUAUGGCUAUUCAUUCGGCGACGAAGAAGAACCACUUUUGGGAACCGGAAGGUGAAAAGGAGAAGCCUACCAAGUUACAUAUAUCACCGCCCCAGAAGUCUCCGAUGACUCUCAAGCAAGUAAUAGAGUCUAUUCAAGCAGAAAAUGACCAGCCUGGCACUAUAGAUUUAGGGAGUAAUGAAAGGAAAAUAGAUAACACAGCUGACUUCAACACAGAGGAAGACAUGGUAUCAGAGUUGGGGCCGGAUGUCUUCCUGCUCAAUACCGUAUCUACAGAGCUCGUUUCCCAGUAUCCAGAAGCAACAACACCAUCUGUAAGCCACGUACUCGAGCAUCGAGAGAUGUCUCCUCCUAUGAAAGUAGAUGAUCUGGCACCUUUGCAAAGAGGAGAGACCCCGUCAGACCAGAGCAGAUCAACAGAAGAUGAUAUAUGCCUAUCACCCGCGUUUAAAACCCUUGUACGCGUUCCUCACACACUUGAUGCCUCAUUGCAACCCAUAGAGUCUGGAAUAUUAGAGCCAAAUAAGUCUUCCACUGCAUUAAAGCUAAGUUCCGUGACAGAUUCAGUACCUCCCAACAUCAGUGUGUCCGAGAGCAAACAGCUUCUAAAGAAGAAGGAAAAGAAGAGUGUACGGGCGUCUAAGCUCAGCUCUCUCUGCCAAUCAACAGGACCAGAAAGUGAAAGUAACAGAGGCAGUGGACAGCUAAAGUCCCCCAAGAGAUUGCCCUCCAGCACCUUAAGCAAAGGCGUUUCUGUUGCCAGUAUUGACUCUCAAUUCUUAGAACACACCAACCCUAAUAUUGGUACCCACACUGCAUCUGCAAGCAUUAGGACCGAAUCACACCGCAACGCAACUAACCCAUCCUCACUUCAGACCUUCUACUGCAAUGCAUCGUCACUAGCGGUUCCCCAGAUUAACCCCACUCCUGUAAUAGAUAGUGAAUCUGUUACCACGUGCAUUGCUCCAACGCCUCUAUCUGUCAAGGAGCUUCUGAGGCACAAGCAUGGACCUGGAGGAGGCAGUAAAGGGGCUGUUGUCAAGAUUGAUCCUGUCGUUGACCUUGACGUUUCCACAGACACAAGAGCAAGCAGCAUGGCGCCCAAUGUUGAUCUGGCUACCUCACCUUACAAGAAGGAAAUGUCUAAAGAUAAGGAGUGUAAGAAUCAUUCACUUUCUGACAGCUACUUGACUGCCUCAAAACACAUUGCUGGCAAGGAAUCAGCUGGAUGCCCAGAGCAGACACAUAAGAGUACCACCUGUGUAAUAACCGACCAGAGCUCUUGUUUGGGUGAUCGUGACCAGUUACUCAAGCCACCGGAUUGGGCAGUUGAGGUUACGGGCAGAUCUGACCAUAGAGUACCAUACCGGGCCACUCGGCGCUUUAACAUGAAGCCUACCCCAAUGCGAUAUCGACCCACAGACAGCGCCUCUGAUCGAAUUGCAUGGACAGAGGGUAGCGUCCACACGGUUAGCUCAUUAGCGUCCAUAGAUGCCUUUGAUGGCCACGGAGCGUGGGCAGCCGACCCACACUUGACAGUUGCAUUAGAUCCCGAAGCCUGUGCAAUAAGUAUCAACACUACAACUUUAUCUCCAAUUUUCUCUACUCCAAUAAGGAGUGCACCUCUAGCAAAGGCGUCCCCACCACGUUGUAGACUAUCCCUUUGUGAAAACAGAUCCUUACAGGCUCCCUUAGUCACACGGAGAAUUUUAUCUGCUCCAGACUUGCUGCAACGGUGCUAUAUUAGUGAUUUGAUGGACGAUGAUAUACGUUCCUCUCUUCAUGAUAGUACUUCUGAGCGUGUUAGUAUUUUUUAUGGAACCGGCUUGUUCAAGCCUAUAACGGAUGUCAAGCUGGAGAAGAUAAGAAUCCAGAAGCCCCGGUCAGUUACGGGUUCGCGGGCAGAUAUUCAGAAAUGCAUAGAGAAGCUACAGGCCUCAGGCAAACAGAGUAUAAAUGUAGAGGGUGGUUCUCGGGAAACCAAGAGUCAGUCCUUCUCUGACCUUAGGAAAUUAAAUAGAAAUUCAGAUUUCCUUUAA